CGACUUCUUCACAGAAGGAGGUGUCACAUCCAAGAAUACAGCAAACUGAGCUCAUUUGACGUGAAGCCGCUACUCUACGUUCCGCAAUGACUAUAGCACUACCCUUUUCAAUAUGUCACGCUCUUCCCCGGAACCCGUCCCGUCGACUUUUACGUCCGCCGAUUCCUUGAAGACCGAAUCACGCUACACCUAUCGUCACCUACAGCUUCUCCGUCAAAGUUCAAUAGCAACACCUCUGCGAGUCAUUGCUCAUGUCGAUCUCGAUGCCUUCUACGCGCAAUGUGAAAUGGUGCGCCUUAGGACACCCCGCACGGUCCCCUUAGCUGUACGACAAUGGGAUUCGCUCAUUGCGAUAAAUUAUCCCGCCCGAUCCUUCGGUAUAACGAGGAUGAUAUCGGCAGCAGAGGCGAAGAAGCUAUGUCCGGAUAUUAUCCUACAACAUGUGGCCACGUUUCGGGAAGGAGAAGGUGGGAAAUGGGCAUACAGAAAUGAUGCGUUCAAGCGGAUGAACACCGAUAAGGUGUGUCUCGACCCAUACCGGGCGGAAUCGCGCAAAAUCUUGAAGGUGAUGAAGGAGGAACUGGCGAGAUGGCAUAGGGAGCUGGCUGGUGACGAACAGGAGGCUGGCACUCAGUCUACCGUACAGCACGCUGGUCUUGAAAAAGCUAGCGUUGAUGAAGUCUUCAUCGAUCUGUCACCUCUUGUGCACGGUGUCCUUUUUCAACGGUAUCCUGAACUGAGAGCUGGACCGCAAGGUGAUGACCGAGUCACUCCACUUCCUGUCCCACCUACGACUGCGCUUGAGUGGGACUUCGAGGAUUGUUUGAUCGAUCUGGACGAAAAUGAGACGGAAGUUGAUGAUCCCGACUGGGACGACAUUGCUAUGCUGAUAGGGUCUGAAAUUGUUCGGUCGGUCAGGGCAGCUGUUUGGGAUCAGCUCCAAUACACUUGCUCUGCGGGUGUGGCCAAGAACAAAAUGAUGGCAAAAUUAGGGAGCGCCUGCAACAAGCCGAAUAAGCAGACCAUUGUUCGGAACCGUGCUGUACAACGAUUUCUCAGUGGCUACAAAUUCACAAAGAUUAGGAUGCUUGGGGGUAAACUAGGUGACCAGGUUACCGCAAUGUUUGGAACAGAACAAGUGAGUGACCUUCUGAAGGUGUCUCUCGAGCAAUUUCGCGCCAAACUGGAUGACGAUACUGCUGCCUGGCUUUAUGGAAUCAUCCGGGGAGAAGACAAAAGUGAGGUCAAUUCGCGGACCCAAAUCAAAUCGAUGCUUUCAGCCAAGUCGUUCAGGCCGAGCAUAAAUUCGGUUGACCAGGCAGACAAAUGGCUUAGUAUUUUUGCGGCCGAUAUCUUUGGCCGCCUUGUUGAGGAUGGCGUUCUUGAGCACAAGCGCCGCCCCAAAACAGUUGCUUUGCAUCACCGUCAAGGAGCUCAGGUUCGCUCCCGUCAACUUCCCAUCCCCGGAUCAGUACCCAUUGAUGAAACAUUACUGUUUGAGCUUGGGAAAACACUCUUCCGACAGGUCAUAGCAGACGGACGUGCAUGGCCCUGCGCCAAUCUCUCCUUGAGCGUUGGUGGGUUCGAAGACGGCGUCUCGAAGAACCGGGCAAUAGACUCUUUCCUCCUUCGCGGUGAGCAGGCAAAAGCCUCACAACCGAAGAGGGAUCUGAUGGCUGAAGAGUCGUCGGAUGCUCAGCAGCCCGAUGAGAAACGCCAGAAGCUGGAAACCAAUGGCAUCAAGCGGUUUUUCCUCAAGCCGCCGGAGACUGACCUACACCCUGACCAGGAUGAUCCUGAAGCAGAAGAUAUAGGAACCGAGCUCAGCGAGCAUACAGAGUCAGCCCUUCAGGGCAGAGACCCCUCAUCUGAGCUAAUAGAAACGUUGCCAGAGGGUUAUACCUGCAGUCGCUGCGGAAGCGUACUACCAGAACACGAGAGGGGUGAACAUGAUGAUUGGCACUUUGCCAAAGACCUGGCAGAUGAAGAACGACAGGCAUCCAGCGUUCCUCAACACUCUCCAGUACCCACAAGCAAACCCGGGGCAUCUAAUGCUCGUAAUAAGGCUAAUCGUAGCAAUCGGGGUAAGCCAGAGAAGGGGCAGACUCGUCUAAAAUUCGGGUAAGGCUUAACCUUAUAUGUAGCGAGAUAUCAAUAUAUAGUAUACAAUCCAGGAUCAAGUACAGUCAGAUCCUUUGGGAAUC